AUCGAAUGUAUGCAGAUUGUGAAGACUAUCUGUCUUCUACAUCAACUUAAGACGAUUACGGAACAUUGAAUGUAAAGUUGAAGACAGAAUUCUGUAAAUAUUGGACCGAAGGAAAAAUAUGUCCAUAUGGCAAUAAAUGUUACUUUGCACAUGGUGAAGAAUAAUUGUUGUCAAAAGACGUUCCUAAAAAUUAUAGAACUAAAGAAUGUAAAAAUUUCUAAGAAUUUUUUUGUAAAUAUGGUCAGAGAUGUCAAUUUUCGCAUAUGCUAACCAAAUACUAAAUGCCUCAAUUGAAGUAUUGGACUUCAGUUGAGAAAAUAGAAGUGGGCUCAAUUAAAAAAAAGCAUCGCUUAAAGAUAUUUAAAUCGAUAACCAGUGGAGUUUAUCACAAACAAUAGAAACAAUAAUGAUUUUAUUUCUUAUCCCAAUUCAUAUUUAAAUAACAAAUUACAAUGA